AAAUAAAAGAAGAGGAACCAGAAACCUGGAGAAUAAAACACGAGGAACAAGGAGAGUUUAUUGAUGAAGGUGAGGAGAACAAAAAAUGGAGUGAAGUUGAGGAAAAAACUGGAGAAAAACCUUUGAGUUGCUCUCAAACCAAACAGAAAGAUCUAAAGAAAAGCAGAGCCAAGAAAACUUUCACAUGUAAUCAAUGUGGAAAUAGUUUUGCACACUUAACAACCCUUAAGAGACAUAUGAGAAUCCACACUGGAGAAAAACCUUAUAAGUGUUCACACUGUGACAAGAGAUUCAGAUACUCAUCGCAUCUAAAAACACAUAAGAUGUUCCACAAUGGAGAAAAACCUUAUAAGUGUUCACACUGUGACAAGACAUUCAGAUACCCAUCGCAUCUAAAAACACAUGAGAUGUUCCACACCGGAGAAAAACCUUAUAAGUGUUCACACUGUGACAAGAGAUUCAAUGGGUCAAAAGACCUGAAAACACAUGAUAGGAUCCACACUGGAGAGAAGCCUUUUAAGUGUUCACACUGUGACAAGAGAUUCAAUAGGUCAACAGACCUGAUAACACAUGAGAGGAUCCACACUGGAGAGAAACCUUACGAGUGUUCCCUUUGUGACAAGAGAUUCAAACAGUCGUCACAUCUAAAAAAACAUGAGAGGAUCCACACUGGAGAGAAAUCUUAUAAGUGUUCACAUUGUGACAGGGGAUUCAAUAGGUCAACAGACCUGAAAACACAUGAGAGGAUCCACACUGGAGAGAAGCCUUAUAAUUGUUCACAUUGUGACAGGAGAUUCAAUAGGUCAACAGACCUGAUAACACACGAGAGGAUCCACACUGGAGAGAAACCUUACAAGUGUUCACAUUGUGACAAGAGAUUCAAACAGUCGUCACAUCUAAAAACACAUGAGAGGACCCACACCGGAGAGAAACCUAAUAAGUGUUCACAUUGUGACAAGAGAUUCAGUAGGUUAGUAGACCUGAAAACACAUGAGAGGACCCACACUGGAGAGAAACCUUAUAACUGUUCACACUGUGACAAGAGAUUCAAUAGUUCAUCAAGUCUGAAAAUACAUGAGAGGUUCCACACUGGAGAGAAAUUGUACACAUGUAAUCAGUGCGAGAAGUGUUUCACACGCUCAUUACAACUUAAGGAUCACAUGAACAUCCACACUGGAGAGAAACCUUAUAUGUGUUCACACUGUGAAAAGAGAUUCAAUAAUUCAUCAAGUCUGAAAAUGCACGAGAGGCUCCACACUGGAGAGAAACUGUACACAUGUAAUCAGUGUGAGAAGUGUUUCACACGCUCAUCAAAUCUUAAGAAUCACAUGAACAUCCACAUUGGAAAGAAACUGUUCUCAUGUGAUCAGUGUAAUAAAACAUUUUUGACGGCUUCAGACCUGAAGAAACACCUGACAGUUCAUACAAAGGAGACGCCAUAUUCAUGUUAUUUGUGUGGAGAGAGUUUUUCACAUUUUUCAAUUUUGAAAAUACAUCAGAAAACACAUACUGGUGUAAAAAAGCACAAGUGCUCUGAGUGUGAAAACACUUAUACUUCAGCGGGUGGUUUAAAACAGCAUGAGAGGAUCCACACUGGAGAAAAACCUUAUGAGUGUUCACACUGUGACAAGAGAUUCAAUCAUUCAACACAUCUGAAAACACAUGAGAGGAUCCACACUGGGGAAAAACCUUAUAAGUGUUCACACUGUGACAAGAGAUUCAGUCAGUCAGUACACCUGAAAAUGCAUGAGAUGACCCACACUGGAGAGAAACCUUAUAAGUGUGCAUACUGUGACAAUAGUUUCAGUCAGUCGUCAAACCUGAAAACACACGAGAGGAUCCACACUGGAGAGAAACCUUAUCACUGCACUGAAUGUGGGAAGCACUUCAGUCAUUCAUCUGCUCUACACAUACAUGCAAAAAACUAUCACCGUAAGGCCCCUUACAAACAGAGAUGCAUUUAGAUGUACAUGUACAAAUUUUGUAUCCUCUUGGUGUGUCCUCUAGAGGGAUUCUGCGUUUUGGCAGCAUGAAACUGCUAAUUUUUCUUAACAGGUCCCAGAGUGGAUCAAUCUGAAAAUGACACCUUUUGCAUUUUUGUGUGUAAAGCCAAUCAAAAUAUUUUGUGAAACAAUGAAGUAGGGGUGUGUGAUAUGGUAAUUUUUGAUUAUUAACAAUAAUAAUGCGUUUGCACUCUGCUUUUGAAGAAAUGUUGUAGUAUCAUGCUACAGUGUACAUUGUCAGCUGCAGUUCUUAGGGUUGCCACCCGUCCCUUAAAAUAUGGAAUCGUCCCAUAUUUGAGAAUAAAGUAGCGCGUUCCUUUUUGAAUCGAUACGGGACGGGGUUUGUCCCGUAUUUUCGGUGUUGUCUUCAUUGCAGCAUCUCAUGCAGAUCAUCCCACAGGCAUUCUGUGAAGACUUGUCCUAUUCUGCCCCUGAUUGAGUAAUACUCACUGCCAUCGGUGGAUUGAUUGGUCUGUUUCAGGUUCACGGCCAAUCUGAGUCAGAGGAGGGCGGGUCUCUUGUCAGAGAGUCGAUUUGAAAGAAUGGAGGAGGCUGAUCAAGAUACGCCCCCAGCGUCCAGAGCUGAAACGAAAGCGGAUGCAAAGGACCGACAAAAUUGGGAAGAAUCAAAUCCUUGGCUGGAAAGUGUGUAAAGCACAAUUUGUCGGCGAGGGUUCUCUGUUUCGCACGGUGGCUUGUCAGAUGUGUGACAGCAUGCCUCGGGAGAACAACAUUCAUACACUUUACAAUAAGGUUCAUUUAUUAAACAUUAGUGGAUUAACUAACAUGCACUAACAAUGAGUAAGCAAUACAUUUGUUACAGUUAUUAAUCUUUGUUAAUGUUAGUUAAUAGAAAUAAAUCUGUUCAUUGUUUGUUGAUGUUAGUUCAGUGCAUUAACUAAUAUUAACAAGAUU